AUGUUACGCCCGGCGACGCCCUUGUCCAUCAUCUUCCUCGUCGCCUUCGUCUUGCUACUGCUGAGCACCAUAUCAACACCCGUUAUCAAGGGAAUCCCGCUCGGCAGCUUCCAAGGGUACAACUUUGGCGUGCUAGGGUGGUGCAAAGGCGAUCGCUGUGAAGGUCCGCGCGUGGGAUACAGUACAAACGGCCUCUUUAGCGGCCCCAACACCGAUCAGGACUUUAGCCUCCCCCAAGAUACCCGAAACAGCCUCUCCUCCAUCCUCAUCGUCCACCCUAUCGCCGCCUUCCUCGCACUGGUAUGCUUCGGCCUUGCAGUGGCCGCUCACUUCCAUGGCCCGAGCCAUUCGCCGCGAUACCUCCUGGCCCUCCUCAUCCUCACCUUCCCGACCCUCCUCAUCACCCUCCUCGCCUUCCUCGUCGAUAUCCUGCUCUUCGUCCCGCACAUGCAAUGGGGCGGCUGGAUCGUGCUGGCGGCCACCAUUCUCAUCAUUGGUUCCAGUAUAGUAACAUGUGCUAUGCGGAGGACUUUGGUCAGUCGCAAGGCUCGCAAGAAGCGCAUCGAAGAGAAUGCAGACAUGAGCGGUGCCGCAUACUACGAGAAUCUGGCGCAGGACCGAUUGAUGGUUGAUCAACUCCCCAAAGCGGACAGUCCACCUCCAAUGAGUGGCAGCACUGCGGUGGAUAAGUCAGCCAGUCAGUUCGCGACCUAUGAGAUGAAGAGGCAAGAUACGCAUACAAGUGAAGGCGGCACACAUAGCUUUCAAGACGAUCGCACCCCGUUGAACCCAACACCGAGCAUUCGAUCUGGAAGCACCAAUGGAAGAAGCCCGUACGGUCCUGACGCGAAUGCUCCACCAAUGCCUAGGCCGAGUCAAGAGGCAGCGAAUGGAAUGCCUAGAAGACCAAGCAGAGAUCAGUAUGGCAAUCCUAUUCCGCCAGCCGCUGAGAUGGGGAUGCCGAUAGGAGGCGUGUUGAGGCAUCAGAACUCACAGGGUUCCCUUGGAUCCAACCGAUCGAAUGGAUACCCACCACCACGAGGCAGAGGAUACGGUCCACCACCGCGAGGCUACGGUCCACCCAGAGGCGGUUACGGCCCACCACCUAGAGGAGGCUUUCCACCACGAGGCAGAGGAUAUGGCCCGCCUCCGAGAGGUUACGGCCCUCCCAGAGGUGGGUAUGGCCCAAUGAUGGGACGUGGAGGACCGCCACCGCGACCAGGUCCACCGCCUGGCUAUGGCAACGAUCCAUACUACGGCGGACCCAGAAAUGGCCCUUCACCACCGAUGGGACCUCCACCCAUGGCACAGCCACCGCCGCCACAACCGAUGCCCGACCACGACCAAUUCGUGGCAGGGCCUGUUCUCCCUAUAGGUCAGGCGAUUGAGAUGGAUGAGCGCACAGGCAGCCCACAGCGAAGCCCACAACACGAGGACCCGUAUCAAAACGGCCAGUAUGGAUUGAGGGAUAGCGAUGUGGAUGUUGCGGGAAUGGUAGGCUUGCAGCAAGGUCAGAACCAGCAUCAACAGCAUGGACGAUUGGCUCCCGUGCGGCAAGACAGCAACCGAGAGAGUGAUGUGCGAAGUCCGAGUAGCAUAUACUCUGACCAAACGUACGUGCCACCUCGACAGCAGUGGAGUGGAGUGCCAGCUCCGUUAGGAGUGUCUCAGCCGGGAGGCAUUGCCUCGCGGGCGACGAUGGAAACGCAAACGUCCGGAUCGUCUGAUCCUCACACCUCCUCAUCUGCGUCCGCUGCAGCGCCUUCUUCAAGAGUGCUGCCCCUCUCGCCGGUGCCAGGGUCGCCAACUUCAUCCUCUGUUCGCGGCUCUCACUCACCACGACAUCAUCGAUCGAAUAGCGAAAACUACUACGAAGAUGUCGACCCACGAUUCGCAGAAGACCCGCAACAACAAGUUCCUGGUGGCUUCCACGCCAUGAGCCAUGAUCCCUCGCAUCGAGAGAGCGGCAUCCCCAACGCUCUCACUCCAGGCCCUCAAUACACAGGUCAUCCCACCCAAACAAACCCUUCAUACCUCCAACCUUCCGACGAGCACUCACGUCCAGCUUCGGACACCUCCAACGGCCUCCUCGAACCCAUCCCAGACGGCGCACGCUCUCCGGCCGAAGGCUCCGAAGCGUCUCACUUCACCUCCAUCUCCCAGCGCGGCAUCAAUCCUGCAUGGCGACCUGGCCCAGGCAGCGCACCACCAGGCCAAGCAUCCAUCUUCGCAGGCAGUUCCGCAAGCGCCGUCCAGCGAAGAAAAGAAGACGUCAUCCUCAACGCAAACCCCGACUUCGCCCUCCCAGGCAUGGGCCGCGGCCAUGGCAGAGGACGCGGACGAGGCGGAACUCUCCCACCCCCAAGUCUCACAGGCGGAGGCCUGACGCCCGCCGGUCGGUAUCCCAGCCCAGGGGACAUCUAG